AUUUUUCUAUUGGGAUACUCGCAGAAUGCCGAGGAAAGCCAAAAAAGCGGAGGAUCCAGAGAACCUGAAGUCGUUCUUCAAUAAUUUUCACAAGGAAAUCGGUGAGAGCAGCGAUGACAAGGUGGUGAACAAGAUCAUGAAGGCCAUUGAUGCGGAAGACGGCGACUUGACCUUAGAGGAUGACACGGAUCAGGAGGAAGAGAAGCCGGAGGAAGGCGAAGAUGAAGACGAGGAGGAGGAGUUUGAUGAGGACAAGUACUUUAUAGACGACGAGGGAAAUUGCUACAUCAAAACGACGCCCAAAAAGCAAAAAGAGCUGCAGAAGAAGCUCAAAGAGAGAGAGGCGGACAAACCCGGAAGAAACACACGGUCUGCGACCAACAAGGCCACCAACAAAGCCAUUAAUCUACGCCCUGCGAAAUCGCCACCAAAAAGCACCGCUUCCAAGACCACACCAGAACCAAAGCCUAUCAGCGUCCGUCCGGCGCGAGCAGCAGCAGCAGCUAGGCCAAAGCCAUUGGAUAUGCCUCCGCCUCCGCCUCCAGUGCCUAAACUUGCGUCCACACCACUAAUCACACCUAAAAGAGGCAGGCCCAGAAAAACAACUAUCGUACCAAAAUCAGAAAUCAUCGAUUUGGAGCGAGAGAUUGAGGGGCUAGUGGAUGACCCCAAUAUCAGUGCAGCCGGUUUGGAUGAUCUCGCAAACUAUACUGUGGACAGCGCUGCCGUUGAGGCGGACAACUCGGUGCUAAGACCCAAUGAGAAUGAGGUAUACGAGUUCGAGGACAAUGCCGCAGUGGAGUCAGCUGAAGAGACGGAUGACAAGAAGGACUUAGACUUUGUGCUGACCGGCAAGCAGUUGAAGCUAAAGUCGAAUGCGACUCCAGCCAAAAAAGCGGGAGUUAAGCAAUACUCCUGCUCGCAGUGCUCGUACACGUCCAACAAGAAGUUUCUCAUCACCCGCCACUGUCGGACUCACGACGUAGAGCCGGCCUUCAAGUGUUCUAUAUGCGAGAGAUCGUUCCGAUCGAACGUCGGUCUGGUCAAUCACACGAACACGCAUCUGGGCAAGAAGCCGCACAAAUGCAAGUUCUGCGAAAACGCCUUCACCACCAGCGGCGAGCUGAUCCGUCAUACGCGCUACAAGCACACCAAGGAGAAGCCGCACAAGUGCUCGGAGUGCAGCUACGCCAGCGUUGAGCUGACCAAGCUACGCCGUCACAUGACCUGCCACACAGGCGAGCGGCCAUUCCAGUGCCCGCACUGCACCUAUGCCUCACAGGACAUGUUCAAGCUAAAGCGUCACCUGGUGAUCCAUACAGGCGAGAAGAAAUACCAGUGCGACAUAUGCAAGUCACGGUUCACGCAGUCCAACUCCCUAAAAGCACACAAGCUCAUCCACAGCGUGGUGGACAAGCCCGUCUUUCAGUGCACCCUCUGUCCCACGACCUGUGGACGCAAGGCGGAUCUCCGCAUCCACAUCAAGCACAUGCACACCUCUGCUCAGCCUCUGACGUGCCGUCGUUGUGGCCAGGAGCUGCCCGAUCGGUACCAGUACAAGCUGCACGUGAAAUCGCACGAGGGCGAGAAAUGCUAUCGCUGCAGCCUCUGCAGCUACGCCUCGGUGACCCAGCGUCAUUUAGACUCGCACAUGCUAGUCCACCUGGACGAGAAGCCGUUCCAGUGUGAGCACUGUCCAAUGGCCUUCCGCCAGCGCCAGCUUCUGCGGCGCCACAUAAAUCUAAUGCACGACGCGUCUUACCAGCCGCCGGAGCCCCGCGCAAAGGUUCACAAGUGCCCCAGCUGUCCGAGGAGCUUUACGCACAAGGGUAAUCUUAUGCGACACAUGGAGCUGCACGACAAUUCAGUGGACAUCCGCGAAAGGCAGUUGCGACUAAAGAUGGGAAGGAAUCUUCGCAUAAAAAAGGACGGAACUAUCGUCAAGCAGUCGGAUCUCCAAAACACUGAAGAGCAUGUUGAGGAAGACAACCCGGAGAGUUAUGACCUGGCAGAAAUUGUCAACUCUGACGAGGAGGACGGUGGCGUGGAGAUCGUUCCCAGCAAUUUCAUCAAGCAGAUGGCGGCCAAGCCGAAUCCAAAGCCUAAGCCCGUUAUCAUCAACAAGCAGGCCAUGCAGUCGGACGCCGACAAGGGGCCUGUGAUCAUCAAUAAACGACUUCGGACGCAAACCGGCACGAAGACGUUCCACAUUAAGGAGGAGCCAAACAACGCAGACUUCACUCUUGAACUACAAGGCGAUGAUGGCCAGCUGAUGGUCGUGGAGCUAGUUAAUGGCGACGAGGAAGUUGUAGUCAAGCGUGAGCCGAGUGCAGCCAAUAAAAUAAGUGCCACCAACUGCUUUGGUUUUGAGGAGGAUGAUGACUACGAGGAGUUUGUUCCGGUGGAUGAGGUAGAUGACACUUCGCAGGAGUUUCUGCAGCUGAUGGAUAUGAUUGAGCAGGAUACUUAGUCUCUUGCGCAACAGAUAUAACUUAAGACUAAUAAUAAAGUAAUAUAAUUAUAUAUAAUAUAUAUAAU